AUGAAAUUCACCCUCGCCUUCGCUCUCGCAGCCCUCAGCUCUACAGCCUUGGCCAUCACAGGCUUCACAGGCUGCUCCGACUGCGCUGGCUUCGACCACGAUGACGUCUUCAACAGCUGCACCUCCGUCUGUCUCCAGGACGAGCAAGUCGAGCAGGCCGUCAAGCAAGGCUGCGUCGCGCGCUGUCACACAUAUGUACUUGACAAAGGCUGCUGCCCCGCUGGUAUCUGUCUCGGGAAGGGUCAAGUCCGGCGCUCGUAUCCUCCCAUGGUAGAAGUGGUGCCCAAUGUGGUUGAUGAGCUUAGCGAUGGGGUCUCGGAUGUUGGUGUGUUGGAAAAGGGCGUGGAGGUGGACUCUGGACUGUCUGAACUGGAGCUCGAUGAACGUGGUCUGGAGAAACGGGACUUUGCUGGAUGCUGUGCUGCUUGCACUGCAUUGGCGAUCGCAAGCAACCGUUGUCCGAACAGUCGCUUGAGCAUGGGACUCAAUAUGGCGUCUAUCGCUUGCAAGGCUGCAUGUCAAUCGAACUACGGCAGUGCAUACCAAUGUACGUAG